UAAAUAGUAAGUUCGAUGUUGUGUUGCACCGGCAAGACCGCCGCUAAGCUUCCUGCACGCUGCGGCGCGGAGCCGGAGGUCCGCGGCAUUGUCCCGAGCGGGGUACAGAGCGUUUCGCGCACUCUCGCUGCUGCCGAGCUGGCUCGCAGUUCGUUGCCAGGCAGGGGCAGUGUCCGCUCGGAAUCCGUCCGUUGUGGCCGCGCCGCGGGAGGGAGAGCACUGUCCGUAACGGCCGGAAAGCCCCAAGGUCGCGCCCUCGUAGUGGGGGGAGUGGUGGUGCAUGCGCAGUCGGGCGGAGAGCCAGGGGUGGGGGCCGGCGCGCGGCCGCAGAUUUCGGCGGGUGGGCGAGAUUGCAAAGCGCUUUGGGCAGCAGGUCCGUUGGGAAGUGGAGCUGCAACAGCGCCGGGCCUUUUCGAAGGAUGUUCCACCGCGUCUUCGUUGCCGUCGCGGGGUUCCCCCACCCCCGAUUUCAUCCCCGCGAGUUGGUUCGCCGGGGCAGACUCGCUGCGGAGGCGAGUGCUGACGAAGCGCGCAGCUGCUGCUCUCUCGCGGCCGCGUACGGUGAGCGUGGAACGCUGGGCGUCGGCCACGUUGCCACAGCAGCGCGCCGGCGAACGGCCGAGGCGCACGCGCUCAGAGCCAGCCGCCCGCGCCCGCCAAGGUCACACGGCCGCCGCCGGUGGCGCGCUGCUGCCCUGCGCCAUUUCGGGCCUUUGUGCGAAGUGCGGCUCUCCGGUGUUGGCUGGCAGCCGAGUGGUGCAGCGUGGCGGGCGCUUCGGGCACCGCAGCGGCGAGCCGGCGUCCGCCGCCAGGGAGAGGCGGCCUUUGUGGCGCGAAGUCCGGAGGCUGCGCAAGGCUUUGGAGGCCCUGGACAUCGGGGCCGGCGGAACGCGCGCAGUUGAACAUCACCUGUCCGGUAACCGGUGGCGAAAUGCAGUGGUGCGCGAAGAUUUCCCUCGUGCGAGAGACGAACAGCGCCGUGAACAGGAGCUGGCAGAAGAAAUGCGGCGGCGUCAGGCUUUGGAACAGGAAGAGUACGACGCACGUGUUGCUGCAGAGCUUGCAGAGCGGAUGGAGCGGGAGGAGGCAGCAAAGAGAGCUGCCCUGGAGACGCAAGACCAGCAUGUCGCUUGGCGGCUACAGGAGAGGGAGAAGCAGCGCCUGGGCCCGCCGCCCUCCCCCACACCGCCCUUGCAGCUGCUGCAGCCAGUUCUGGAUCCGGACCCAAACUGUGUGGGCCUGCCACCCCCACCUGAUGACCUCUCUGCCCGGAUGAGGGUUCUGAGGAUCCAAGGUGCUGGCCGUGCAGAAAAUCCUAUGCCUCGUAGUCCCAAGGGUCUGCCCCGCAGCACUGAGAACUUAGCGGAUGUCGAUGCAAUUGAAGAUUAUGUGGAGGAUGAAGAACUGGGAGAUACAGAUGCUCUGGACGAGGAAGAGGCACGGAGGAUACAAGAAGAGAAAGAUGCUGAGCUGGCGCGCAUGCUGCAGGAGCGGGAAGCUGCCGAGGCGGACCCGAGGAGACACCUGUCGGAUCUGGACCGCGAUCGCUUGAUGGCAAUUGAAGCCCAGGACAGGGAGCUGGCACGCCUUCUGCAGGAGAGGGAGCGAGCGAAGGCCCGCCGUGCAAAAGAGCGGGCUCGGCAACGUGCGGCCUUGAAGAGGCAACAGCAGCUGGCCGCAGAGGCGGAUGCGAUCCUGCCCGCCCCGCCAACCCCGCUUUCUCCUUCGCCGCCUCCGGUGCCUGCCGUCCGUCCUACGGACCUAGACGUGUCUCCAGUCUACAGGCACCCCGGGACACGCUCAGACUCGGGGUUGCAAGCUGGCUACCAGUAUCCAGCUGAGGAGGAAGAAGAGCCACAUGGUUACAGAGGCUCUCCGAAUUCUAUGUCCCCUACAAACAUAGCAGCAGCCAUUGAUCCGACCUACAGAAGAGGGUCUGCACACUCACCGUCCCUUAUAGAGUGCGUAGACCUGGAAUCGCCGCCCAGUCCUGCCCUGCCGUACAUGCCGAUCCAGGGACAACGCCGUUGCCCUCCCCAGCCGGACAAACGAGCCAGCCGCAAGGAACAGCAAGCUGGGAAGCGAGAUGCUUGCCGCCAGCAGUAACUGGAGAACAUAUUGUAUGAUCCAAAAUUUCCUUGAGCAAAUUAAUAAUCUGAAGGCUUCUUCUGAUGUGUGCACAGUUUCCUAAGUGCGAAAAAGGAGCCUUCAGAAAGUGACAAUUAGUGCAACAUCCCUAGAGUUUAUUUUUUGUUGUCACGUAGUGCACUGCAAAAGCAUUCCUCUUUCUCUCCACAGAGUUAACUUAGACUAAAUAAAGCAGCUAUUUAUUUUAUUGUGGCGGUAUAAAACAUGAUUUCAUAGUGUAGUGUUUCCCAUAAAAGAUCUGAGGGACCUAAAGUAUUGGUUUACCUUUGUUUUAAUAAAACUAAAGGAUUCAGGAUCGGAACAUUACUUUCAGGUUGGGUUGACAAUUAGUACAUUUUUGCUUCAGAAAAAUGUUUCAAAUACAGGUUACACGGUAUUAAUAAAUAGCUAUAAUUGGGAAUAACACUGAACUUAUGACUCUUGUUCUCACUGGGUGAGAUUAGUUACAUGCUAGCUGUUCCAGCCAUAUAUUCUGUUUCAGAAUCUUGUAUCGUAUAAUCACUCUACAUUGUUUAAUUUUUAGUAAAUGUACUUACUGUGUGUGUGUGUGUGUGUGUCUGUCACGUGUGGAUAUUUAUUGUAAUGUAGCUUUCACUCAAACUGGCUUAAUUUUGUGUAAAGAUAAUAUUACUUAAUGAAGCUUUUAAUCAGUAAGUGUUCGUGUUGCUUGUCACAUUUGUAGCCAGUGACUGGUGUCAAUUUCAUGUAGUGUAUCAGUCCUCAGGAAUUUUGAAAAUGAAAAGUAAAUAGUUUAAAAAAUUAUUCGUAAGUAUUUUUGUAAUUCUAGAGUUUGUGGGUGCGUGUAUGUGCUCCACACAUAAACGUGAAUUGUUACUGUAGAUAUUUAUGUAUGUAAAUUGGAAAUGUUUAUUUUAUUUAUCCUGACUUUUUUACAAACUAUAAAGGAUGAAAAUUGUCAAUGUGAAA